UUUUAAUCUUUAUAUUUUAUACUACUAUAAUCUUUACUAGCAUAAAGAUUGUGGUAGACUCCGGCGUUGUUCGUGUGUCAAAGUUGGAGACCGGACGCUUGAACGGUUACGUUUGCACUUUCAACGCUUUUCCUACGACCUCUUCGUUUUUACCGCUUACGGAGAAAGAUAAAAGGUGUUAAUCAUUCAGACUCUGUAUAAUACUUAACCAUUCAGAGGCAAAUCUCUUAACCAUUCAGACAUCUGAACCAUUAAGAGGCUGAAACAAACAGUCUGAACCAUUAAGUGCUGAACCAUUCAGACAUCUGAACCAUUAAGAGGCUGAAACAAACAGCCCCUUAUUCUUCAUGAUCCGUCCUAAAACAUCAUUUUGGAAUUGACUUCUUAAACUAUUUUGGCUCUUUUCAUUCGAACCCUCAACACUCGGCAAAUUAUAUUAUACAUUCGAUUGUACCCAAUUUUAGGUACAAUCAAGAAAUUAUUUAUGCAAAAGGCAAAAGCCUGUGAAGCACCUAAGAUCUGAGCGGGAAGAGGAUUGCGUAGCCGCAGCAGGGCCAUACCUGAGAAUGACGGAAUCAAUACCAUUCAAGAACCUCCAUAACAGAGAAUACCAUGGCCACAAGAAGAAGGUUCAUUCUGUAGCGUGGAAUUGCAUUGGCACUAAACUAGCUUCAGGAUCGGUUGAUCAAACUGCUCGCAUUUGGCAUAUUGAUCCCCAUGGUCAUGCCAAGGCAAAGGAUAUUGAAUUAAAAGGCCAUACUGACAGUGUUGAUCAAUUAUGUUGGGACCCUAAGCAUGCUGAUUUAAUUGCAACAGCAUCACUUGACAAGACAGUUCGAUUGUGGGAUGCUCGCAGUGGCAAAUGUUCUCAACAAGUUGAAUUAAGUGGGGAAAAUAUAAAUAUCACUUAUAAACCUGAUGGUACACAUAUAGCUGUUGGCAACAGGGAAGAUGAACUUACACUAUUGGAUGUCCGCAAAUUCAAAGCUAUACACAAGCGCAAGUUCAACUAUGAGGUAAAUGAGAUCGCCUGGAAUUUGACUGGAGAUAUGUUUUUUCUGACUACUGGGAAUGGAACGGUGGAGGUUUUAUCGUAUCCUUCUCUGCGCCUUGUUCAGACACUAAAGGCUCACACAGCUGGUUGCUAUUGCAUUGCGAUUGACCCGCUUGGCAGAUAUUUUGCUGUUGGAAGUGCUGAUUCCUUGGUCAGCCUUUGGGAUAUUAAAGAGAUGCUCUGUGUUCGAACGUUUACAAAGCUUGAAGGGCCUGUUAGGACAAUAAGUUUCAACCAUACAGGAGAAUUGCUCGCCUCUGCUAGUUUAGAUUUAUUCAUUGAGAUAUCAAGUGUCCAGACAGGACGUUCAGUUCACCAGAUUCCGUGUCGUGAUGCAAUGAACAGUGUGGAGUGGAACCCAAAGUUGAACUUGCUCGCCCAUGCUGGGGAUGAUAAAAACAAGUAUCAAGCAGAUGAAGGUGUUUUUCGCAUCUUUGGCUUUGAGAGUCCAUAGCUCUCUCGCAACCGGCGAAUGUGUCUUUCCAGUUCCAUCAUAAUUCGUAAUCUGAGCUACACAAUAUUAGUCUUCUUCUGGGACAAUGACCUCUUUUGGGGGGUUUCACUCAUUAUCAUGUAUGUGAUUUCACUAAUAGCAUUUUUGCUAUCUUCAUUUUCGUGGGUUCUUAUCUUUGAAAUCAAUUAUUCUCCCACAUAAAAUGUUCAAUAGUCACUUCUGGGACAACAUUAAAUCGAGCGAUGCUUAAGAUGCUGGUAUACGUAACUUUGUCACUCUGCUCAUAUAUGUGAAUGCAUCUAGUAAUUUUUUUGCUCUUCUUUGCAAAUCAGACUUCAAAAUUAUAUUAACCACUUCAAGAGUCAAAAAUUUACAAUGAUGCAUUUCAUAUAACUUCUUGUAUUACCAGUCUUUCAUUAUUCUUAUCUCCCCCUAAGGCUGGGAAUAUUUCAUCAUAAAGUUGACACUUAACUUACUUUGUUGUUAAUAUAUCUCCUAUGAAAAACUCUAAACAUUUAACAAUAGACAAGGAGUUAUAGCCAAUGUCAAUGCACAGUUUUCUACUUUAUAUUAAAUGCAUUGUGGGGGAGAGGGAAUGUAAGGCACACAAUCAAACAAUCAAAUAUUGUGAGAAGGGACAAACUUGUUUCUCUUCAGGAGAUAUCAAGUGUAAGAAACUCAAAGUUUUGAAGAUUUGACAUUUUAUUUUUAGGGAAGGAUUAAUAAAAAAUGAACAUGUGUACAUAAAAUACAUGUGAAGGAGAACUUCAGGUUCUCAUAUGUUGGAACUACAGGUUCCUUAUAAUAAGACCUUUUUUUUAUGGUUGAGAAAAAUAUCAAGAAUUC